CAGGAUGUUAAUACUAGAUGGCUGCAGUUAGCCAACAUGCAAUGCGGCGUCAUCCAGGAGGACCUUUGGAUCCUUCGCCAUCAUUCGGAUCAACACCGUAUUUUGCCAUUGCUCACCAACAACCCCUCCCAGUGGACAAAUCAAAGAAAUCAUGGAGCCAACGAUUAAAGAUCACAAAAUCCGACAAACAGCUAAUAUACAACGAUGUCGAGCCGUUAGCCCAAAGUGCUUUGUCUCGUUCGAUGAAGUAUGCGGAACCAUGGCUAUAUGGAACCAUACGCGGAAUACCAGCGCCGUUAGCCAAUCGUCAACAAAUGUUCCCUCAGCAUAUGGCCGAAUUGGCAGUCGUUGUCUGUUCAUGUCCUGAAUACUUAAAUGGUACAAAAGUAGAUUUUAAGAAGGCCACCAUCUGCAAAAAAUGCCGAGGAUCUCGUUUACCGCUGGCACCGAUGGGCGGAACAAUGCGUCUGCACUCAACAACGCCAAUAAUGCACGCUGCCAGAGGUAGUGCUGGUACAGUGAGACUACCAUCAUCGUACAGCAUGAAACAAAGACCAUCCAUUCUGAACUCGGAAAAUGAUCCGUACGAUAUGAUGCGCAGAAAUCGAUUAGUUUCGCCUGAACUACAAUCAUCGGCUAAAAAAGCAAAUAAAAAUCGAGCAAAAAGCUCUAGUCCAUCGCGGAGUAGAAGUCGCACCAGAAAAUCUUCAUCGCCCGUAUCAAAAGUAUCAAAUAGUUCGGAGAGCCGCAGUCGUAGUGUUAGUCGUAACAAUGUAAAGGAAUGGAAUGAAACCGAAUCGGACACCGGUCGUCGUUCAAUACUACAGUGUGAAGUGAACGCUUAUGAGUUGAUCUCAAAUAUAUCGCAUAACAACGAGUUUUCCCCUGCGCAUGAUGAAUACGAUGUUCAGAUCAGAGACAAAGCGAGUGACUUAAAUGUAACGGAAUUGGCUGGUCAACGUAUCAGAAUAUCGGGAUCGAUGAACUAUUCGACGCACGAGGAUGUCGAUGCAUUUAUUUACGAACCUAUUUCGGUCAUCAAUGAACCUAUGAGUUAUGAAGACAAUUUCUUUCAAAAUUUAUCGUCACCAAAACCAUCCGACGAUCAUGUCUUACCGACCCGCCCUCCUCGUAAUAAAACUCAAGAUCCAUCCAGUUCAAUUUCCAAUUCAACGGAAAAUGAAAGUACUGAUACUAGUCCAAAAAGUGAAUAUAUGCUUACAUCAGCUACAUUGUCUCAUUUAUCAACCGAUGUAAUUACAAAUUAUCCAACACACACCAUCAAAUCAAUACUGAAACGUCCACUAUCUUCACCGAACCAAACACCUGCAAUUGAAUACAAUAAACCCAAACCAAGUACAUUAAUGUUAGCACACAAAAACCGGCCGAAAUCAACAUCAUCAUUGGUCGAUAAUACCAUUGCCAAUGGCAAAAUAAAUAUUGUUCCAUCAGCCGCCAAAACCGUAAUGAACGUCGAUUAUAAAAAUAUUAAUUUUCAAGAUAGAGAAAAGCGUCAUUCAGCGUCAGGCUCGCAAUUUUAUAUACCUAUGCCACAACGAAAAAAGGUACAAUUUUUGGUUGAAAACGAAAUUAUUCACGACGAUACAAUCGCUGCUGGGGAAAUAAGCGGUACUAAUGCAUCUGAAUACAGCGACGUAGACAUAUCAUCGACUCAAAUUGCAACGAAUAAUUCGAACGAUUAUGCUGAUUGCAUAGACAACAAUAAUGACCAAAUGAAUGGAUUUAAUCGAAAUGAACGUAAUGCUAUUGUUGAAAAAGUGGAAAACUGUUUACCCGUUGGCUGUAGUUCUUCGGUGAAAUCCAUUUCUUCGGAAAACAGUACACUGAAUAUUAAUGGGAGCGUGGAUUUAAGAUGUAUCAGCAAUGUUGAAGAAG